AUGCAGCUGGAAGGACAGUACCAGAUUCGAUGCGCGGUCAUCGCAAUUUCUGCUGCAGAAGGGUCUCAAUACGGACGCAGCACCGUAGUAUUGGUGAAUGGAUGGAGGAGUCUCGGUCCAGACCACCCCUACAUGCAGCAACAAAAAGCCCACCUCCAGCGUGGCAGCCAAUCGUACAGGCAUGGCUGGCGCCGAUCCUCUUUUAAUAGCUCCUGUUCGAAAGGGAAGCUAGACAAGUCAUUUUGUUUGGGAAAUACUAAGUGGAGAGAGAGUACCACAUGCCAAGCCCAAUUUCUGUAUUGUGCCGUAACUAAGGGAAACGGCCUUUGGAAACAUAGUGGCCUGCAGACUAUUCUUAUACAAGUCCUCGUACUGUCGGUCGCUCUGCUCCCUUACUCGGUACCGAAUGAAUGCCAAUAUGCAAUGGCACGGACCGAGGACCGUUCCAAAGGCGCAGAUGACGGUGGGGACGCUUCAAAGGGGUGGCCAGGCACAAAGCAACAGCGAGUUUCUGGCACGGCGAAGCAUAUUCUGUCAUGGCUAUCCCGUACGCAGUAUCCCGCACUUUGGUUCGCCAUGUCCUUUGCCCGCAUUUCGACAAAAGUGUCAGAUCGUAAACGACGUUGCUACCAGCCGCUUGCACAAACGCAGCUUGGCAUGACAGGCAGUGCACAAGAGAAGGAGCGGCUGGCGGCGAUCAAGGGCCGCGUGCUUCGUAUCGAGAGAGAGAGAGCAGUGGGCGUGACUCGCAGACGACAGACAAGGCGAGAGACUCCUCGGGAGAGCAAGCGGUUGCCUGGCCAGCCAACAAGCAUCAUGCUUUGGGACCUAUCAUCCAUCACAUCCGCGGAAUAUACCAAAAUAAAAACAACGGUACGGAAACUGGGGACGGAGCAAUGCGUCCAGGUACGAAGCGCUUCGUACCCCCAACUACCUGGCUGUCACUGUCAUGUCCCCCCUCAUCACAGCUUGAAGAAGAUGAAGAACAGAAGAGAGACAAGAGCAAGGAGAGCAAGACGGCGACGGACGCCUCCGCGCUCCUCCACGCUCGGUCGCGCACACGCUGCUCACCCAAACGGCAGACGAACGGGAUUCUACGGCUUCGGGCGCAUCCCACUCAUGCGACCAUGGACUGCUGCACACCAUCUCGACGACGCAUUACCACUACAGCUAACCACCUUCGCCCUGUGCGCCACGCAUCUGGAGCCCCCCGUGUAUCAUUUUGCACUCGCUCGAGCGGAGCCGCCGCAAGCCUGCAGGAUCCGACCUGGCACUGUACGGUACAGGCAAUGCGCUGCGAAACUGCUUGUCUGCAUCGGCGUCCCACGCGCCUUGCGCUGGAAGCGGCAUGGCGGCGACGACUGGGCAUGGGGCACAGGGCCCGAAAGCUCCCUUGUCGACAGGUCGAGUCGAGUCGCACCCCGGCCCAGCAGCUGUGACAACCGUCAUUGUGCCAGCCCACCGUCGGCCAGUGUUUGA